ACCUAAUGAAAGGCCGCUGGGAAGCACAGCUGAGCAGAGACCUGGGCGAGAAGUGAUCAGAGCAUCAUCAACAAACAGUCAUCACCAUGGGAAAUUUUUGUGGCUCGCAAAAGAACACUAAUGUGCGCAUUAGUCUACCGGCUGUCUGCUUUGUCUGGCAGAUUGCUAUGAUUGUCCUGUUUGGAGUUUUUGUCCGGUACAAUGAGGAGUCAGAUGCGCACUGGGGAGAGCACAAAAAAGCCCACAACAUCACCAGCGACAUCGAGAAUGACUUCUACUACAGAUAUCCCAGUUUCCAGGAUGUCCAUGUCAUGAUCUUUGUUGGGUUUGGCUUCCUCAUGACCUUUCUGAAACGCUACAGCUUUGGUGCUGUUGGCUUCAACUUCCUGAUUGCCGCCUUUGGCCUGCAGUGGGCUAUUCUCAUGCAAGGCUGGUUCCACUCGUUCGACUACGCCACUGCAAAAAUUUAUGUCGGAGUUGAAAAUAUGAUCAAUGCAGACUUCUGCGUUGCUGGAAGUUUGAUUGCCUUUGGUGGAAUCCUGGGAAAAGUAAGCCCUGUCCAGUUGAUGGUUGUCGCCUUAUUUGGCGUCACACUGUAUGCUGUGGAGGAAUACAUCAUCCUCACCCUCCUUCAUUGCAGAGAUGCUGGUGGCUCCAUGGUCAUUCACGCCUUUGGGGGGUACUAUGGUUUGGCCAUCUCCUGGGUUCUCUAUCGACCAAAUCUACACCAAAGCAAACGUCUCAAUGGCUCUGUCUACCACUCUGAUAUGUUUGCUAUGAUUGGCACACUGUUCCUGUGGAUGUUUUGGCCCAGUUUCAAUUCAGCCAUUGCAAACCAUGGCGAUGGACAGCACAGAGCCGCCCUGAACACAUACUUGUCCCUCGCUGCCUCUGUUCUCACCGCUGUGGCCAUCUCCAGCAUGUCCCAGAAGACAGGAAAACUGGACAUGGUGCACAUCCAGAAUGCCACUCUGGCAGGUGGUGUGGCCAUGGGAACAUCAGGAGAGUUCAUGAUCACUCCUUAUGGUUCUCUCAUUGUGGGUUUCUGCUGUGGAAUCAUCUCCACCUUUGGCUACUUGUUUGUCACGCCUUUCUUGGAGAGCAAGCUCAAGCUCCAGGACACGUGUGGUAUCCACAACCUUCACGCUGUGCCGGGGAUGCUCGGUGGCUUUGUAGGUGCCAUUGUUGCUGCAACGGCCUCUGAAUCUGUUUACGGCAAAGAGGGGUUGAGCAGCACACUGGGACUUGAAGGCAGCUUUGCAAACAGAUCUCCUGGUACACAGGGAGGCUACCAGGCUGCUGGCACAUGUGUGGCAAUUGCAUUUGGUCUUGUUGGAGGAGGAAUUGUUGGUCUGAUCCUGAAAAUACCUAUCUGGGGCGACCCUGCUGAUGACAACUGCUUUGAUGAUGAAGUUUACUGGGAGGUUCCUGAGGAUGAGGAGACCAUCCCUCCUGUUUUGGAGUACAACAACCACAUGAGGCACAAGCAGCAAGAAUUAUCUGCAUCAAGCUUCAAUAUAGAGCAAUGUUAGAUAUGCACAGUGGGAGCUUAGACUUGUUGCAGCUGUGAAACAUUUGUUUAUGAAGGCAGUGCACUCAAAAAUGGGCAACCCUACAAGAAACGAACAUUUUUGACAUGCACAAUUUAUACUUGAGGAAUUUGUUUAGCACCUUUGCCUCCUAUUAGAAUCUUAAAGUGAUGACAGCACUGCACAGAAUGAAGACCAAACAUCUCAUCUGUGGAGAAAUAAUUCAGAAUAAAGGCUGGUAUUACUCCUGAAGGAAGUUUUAACACACUAUAUGUUUAUGUUCUAUGUUAUUUUGGAGAAACAUGUGUACACUUUAAUUUGCAGAUGUUUUUUGAGUGGAAAAUGCCAGAUAUUGAAUCCAAGCAGUAAGAUGAGGCACAAACAACUUGUGUUUCUGUUUAUGUUGUGUAAGCUAAUUAUAAUGCAUAGAAGAACCGAGAGCUCUUUUCACACGUUUGGAAAUACGUUCAUAUUUACGUACAUCAGUUAGAUAAAAUAGCUCUUUUUAAAGCACUAUACAAAACUAUGAAUUCUUUCAUUUAAUGCAUUCCUUAAUAUUGCCAUGGAUAAUGUUUAAUAUUGUAUUUCUUUUUCAGUGAAGUUGUGUGGAAGCACUGUACUGUGUUGUACAUGCAAAAAGAAAGCAUUAGGGAAUCAAAGGCAUUUGUGCUGCCAACCUAGGAACUUUUUGAAUUGUGUGUGUCUUAGUUAUUUCUGUCAAAUUCUGUAUAGGUGUUUGCACUGUAAGUUGUGUGUAGAAAUGAUUAGAUUUUUUUUUUACUCAUUUGUUGCUCAACUUACUUGUUCUUGAGAUGUAGUAACUACAUAUCUAUAGUACAACCUGGUUGCUGUAAUGUUGACUGUUGUCCAGGUUUAUACACAAAGUGUAAGUAAAAUUAAACAAUAAAGUUGUAUUAUUAUC